AUGCCUCUACAAUUACCAACCGAUAUACUAAACGACUCCCUUAAAGAAAUAGUAUUUCUUCGAAAAAAUCAACCUCGUUUCAAGAAAUUAUGCAAAAAGACCCAUUUUGAUCAACGCGAAAUUGAAGCUUUGGCUUUGAUACACCGAAAAAUUCAAUCGCAGUCAGGUGCUGUUACGAGGCACAGCUUUCGUGAGGUUUUACAUUCGGGAUUGGAUUUUACCGAAAAUAUUCGACAUUUACUCGUCGAUCGACUCUUCUCUGCGAUGAACAAAAGAAAUUCUUCCCAGUUGCGAAUGGACCAUUGGGACGAGGGCUGGUCAGUUUUACUUCGAGGAAACACACCGGAGCGUAUACAUUUCGCUUACAAAGUUUACGAUCUCAUGAGAACUAACAAGAUAGGAAAGGAACAGAUAUUUCCGAUGAUGAGAGGUUGCUUGAUCAAGGUCCAAGCUGACGAGGAUCCGGAGGAGGGGGUCAAGGACUUGAUAGAGCUGAUGUUGAAGAAGCUGGACGUUGAUAGGGACGGUAAGGUAACCGAGGAGGAUUUCAAAGCCGCGACGUUGCAGAGGAACAUAUUGUUUUUGGAGUGCAUGGGACCGGUGUUUCCAUCGAGCGAAGCACAAAACGCAUUUUUAACGACAUUCACCACCAAAACAAUGUGGUGA